AUGUCUCAGAGAAACAUAAUUACCACAUGCCAUUUUAACGGUGUUGUUUCAACAAACACUCCUAUUGGAUUCUCGUUUUUCAAUACAGAUACAUAUGCCUUCAAAAUUCAUGUCAAUUCAGAUUUUUUUCAUUUUAAAGAUAGAAUGGAAACCAAAUUGGCACGCUGUGUUGAGGAAAUCAUUUAUCGUCAUCCCACCCUAAAUGAAAACGACUGUACGAUAUUCUACAUUAUGACGCCAAUAAAAACCAACGAGGAUGUGAAGGCAAUGUUUCGGUGCCACAUGAUGUUUGGUCAAUUACCUACAAUUGAGGUGUAUGUCCGACUAGUACAAAAUCCCGAAACAUUUCCAACGCAGGAAACACAGUCACACUGGUACGGGAUGAGCCAAACAUCCGACGACGAACCAACGCAAAAUAAUUUACCUUUCAUACCCAAUGAGGAGGUGGGCGAACCAAGUGAUGACGAUAUUCUUGAGGAAAUCACAAUGCAAGAUAUUUUUGGUAACAGUGAUGACGAAGACAAUGAAGAUGAAGACAUAGUUGUCCCGUCUACGCAACCGAUCAGCGCACAACCCGUAAGUUUGUAUAACCCGCCGACACACAUGCAAAAUAUUUGCGCCGAAUAUGACGACACAACCUCUGUCUUUGGAAAUGCUAUUCAAAGCCAUAUAGGAGACGGAAUUGAUAUAGGUAUGGAGUUUGAAAACAAGGAAGCCUGCAUCCUCGCCCUGCAGCAUUGGCACAUAACACACUGUGUGGACUAUUGGGUGUGUAAGUCUGACAAUGAACGAUAUGUCAUUAAGUGUAAGAAAGAAGAAUGCAAGUUCAAGUGCAGAGCUUCAUUUAGACAAAGGAACUCGAAAUGGGUGAUUGGUAAGUUGUCUGGGUCUCACACAUGCACCACAACGUCUAUGGCACAAGACCAUAACAAGCUCAGUUCAGAAAUGGUUAGCCAUAGCAUCAGAGAACUUGUAAACAGCGACGCCUCACUUAAGGUAAAAGUGAUCAUUGCCCAUAUUCUAGAAAAAUACGGGUACAUUAUAUCUUACCGGAAGGCGUGGAUCGCUAAGUGCAAGGCGGUAGAGUCGCUUUACGGCAAUUGGGAAACAUCUUACAACGACCUACCGCAGUGGCUACUGGUAAUGAAAACCUUUCUUCCCGGAACCGUUAUGGAUUUGCAAACCAUACCGGCCAUAUCAAGUGAUGGUUCCCAGAUCUCCGGAAAAAGAACUUUCCUUCGUCUGUUUUGGGCAUUUCGUCCGUGUAUAAAUGGUUUCGCAUACUGUAAGCCCAUUGUGCAGGUAGACGGAACUUGGUUGUAUGGCAAGUACAGAGGAACUCUAUUGACGGCGGUGGCACAAGAUGGCAACGCAAAUAUUUUCCCAGUGGCAUUUGCUUUGGUCGAAGGAGAAACAAAGGAAGCCUGGAGUUUUUUUCUGAGGAACCUAAGAUUACACGUGACACCACAGCCAAAUGUAUGUCUCAUAUCUGAUAGGCAUGAAUCGAUAAAAAGUGCAUACAACAAUCCAGAAAACGGUUGGCAAAAUCCUCCAUCUUCGCAUGUCUACUGCAUAAGACACAUCGCUCAGAACUUCAUGCGCGAGAUUAAGGACAAGGUUCUACGAAAAUUAGUAGUUAACAUGGGUUACGCAUUGACGGAGGCCUCAUUUCAUUAUUAUCGCGGAGAAAUCAGAAGAUCCAACGCUGAGGCUUUAAAUUGGAUAGACAAUAUUCCUAGGGAGAAGUGGGCUAGAGCAUUUGACGGAGGACAACGUUGGGGACACAUGACAUCUAACUUAGCAGAAGCAAUAAACUCUGUAUUAAAGGCCACAAGAAACCUUCCCAUCACUGCAUUAGUCCAGUCUACAUAUUAUCGAUUGGGUUCACUGUUUGGUAAACGAGGACACAAAUGGACAAAAAUGCUAUCUUAA